AUGCGUACCUCCAUCAUUUCCCAGAGGAACCUAUCUGGGAUCCUGACUGCAACCAAAAGUUCACCUAUACUCUGCUUAUUGCCUCGGAACCCCCGGAACCCUGUCUAUAACCGUCACCUUUACCGGUCUUUCUGGCGCGGCUCGUUUGCACCUCGCGCAGAGCUAUCAGAGAUCCUUGAGCGGAUAACAUGGCCGACAACAAAGGAGCAGGAGGCGGAGGUGGUGGAAGGCGUAAGAACCGCGAUAUGGGGCGAUCGGAAUGGAGACAAGCGCAAGCGCAAUGAGGAAAAGGCUGAGAUCAAGCGCCGCAAGAUUGAGAAUGGCGAAGAGGUUAACCUGCCGAUCUACGCGACACAGUUCUCCAAGGAGGAGAUCGAUAGCGAAGAGCGUCGCCCUAAGAAGAAGGUCGCGCUUCUGAUGGGAUACUCCGGGACUGGAUACUCAGGAAUGCAGUUGAACGAGUCACAACGCACCAUCGAAGGCGAUCUGUUUACAGCUCUUGUAAACGUCGGCGCAAUCUCGAAAGCAAAUGCAUCGGAUCCGAAGAAGUCGUCAUUCGUCCGCUGUGCCCGCACCGAUAAGGGCGUUCACGCCGCCGGCAAUGUCGUGUCCCUCAAGAUGAUCGUUGAAGACGAGGAUAUCGUCGAAAAGAUCAAUGCCCAGCUCAGCCCCCAGAUUCGUGUCUGGGGCUACGAAGUGACCAGCAAAAGUUUCAGCUGCUACCAGAUGUGUGAUUCCCGUGUUUACGAAUAUUUGAUGCCGAGCCACUGUCUCCUGCCACCCCACCCGAGCACUUACCUUGGACGGAAGAUCGUCGAGCUUGCCGAGCAGGCAGGCGAGUUGGAUGAUGUCAAAGCCCGCCAGGAAGAGGUCACUGGCUACUGGCAAGACGUUGACGAGAAAUAUAUCAAGCCAAUCCUAAAUACCCUGCCGGAAGAUAUCCGCAGCAUCGUUGAGAAAUCCAUCUUCAUGGACGACUCACGCGAUGCCCUCCAGCCAUCAGAAGAGAACAAGGAGUCCUCAGAGGAUAAAACGGAAUCCGUGGCCCCAGCUGAGAAGAUUGUGUCAGAGGAGACCAGCGCACAGCCUACGACUGAAGACCCAGCAGCCGCAGAGAAAGAAACAGCCGCAGAAGACAAACCCUUCAUCAUGGACCCACGCCAAAAGACCAUCACCGACGCCGUCAAAGCCAUCAAAGCGGCCUAUCUGACCGCCAAACGCGCCUACCGCGCCCCAGCCACCCGCAUCGCGCGUCUCCAAGACUGUCUCUCACGUUACGAAGGCACGAAGAACUUCCACAACUACACAAUCCAAAAGACGCACAACGACCCCUCCGCCAAGCGACACAUCAAAUCCUUCAAAGUGAACACAACGCCCAUCAUAAUCGACGGCACAGAAUGGCUCAGUCUAAAAGUCCACGGCCAAAGCUUCAUGAUGCACCAAAUCCGCAAGAUGGUCGCCAUGGCCACGAUGGUUGUUCGGUCAGGCUGCCAUCCGGACCGGAUCAACGAUACGUAUGGUCCGGAGCGUAUUGCUAUUCCCAAGGCGCCGGGUCUGGGACUUUUGCUUGAGAGGCCUAUUUUUGAUUCUUAUAAUGCUAAGGCUGCUUCGUUGCUUGAGAGGUCGCCGAUCAAUUUUAAGAAGUUUGAGAAGGAGAUGGAUGAGUUUAAGCAGAGGGAGAUUUAUGAUCGGAUUUUUAGGGAGGAGGAGCAAAGUGCUGGCUUUGGUUCUUUCUUUAAUCAUAUCGAUCACUUCCCUGCUGAUCACUUCUUGUAUGUUACUUCUGGUGGUAUCGCGGCGGCUAAACUUGCUACUGCGCCUGCUGCUGCGGAUCCCAAGGCUGGGAACAGGGCGCGUGGUGCCCAGGCUGGACAGCAGGAUGCACUUGCUGCCGUGGAAGUUGGAUCGGAUGACGAGGCUAAUGUCCCAGCUGGUGGAGAAGAAGAAGGUUGA